GUUGGCUUAUCUACAAAAUAACAAUCAAUGGAUUAUAUCAUUAAACGGAUUCCGUUAUCGAAGUCUCUGCCACUCUAUUUCUACAACGCGGAGGCGAGAGUCGUGCCGUUGAAGGUGAAAGUGAUAGAAACAAGAUGUGGCCCUCAAUAUUGGACGCAGUCAAAAUGAAUCCCUUUGGAACACCUUUUGUGACAGCUAAAUGUCAGGGGCAGAACGAGCUCACGCAGUCACUCGUCAAGAAUCAUCACAUUGCCGCAGCCUCCACCCCUGCUGGUGACAGUUGCGAGUUUGGAUCGAACAAAUACUUUCUGCUAUGCGGUUUGGGAGGCAUCCUGUCAUGUGGUAUCACUCACACCAUGAUCACACCCCUGGAUCUGGUAAAAUGUCGAAUUCAAGUAGAUUCAGAAAAAUACAAAUCGGUCUUCAACGGUUUCAGAGUGACAGUGGCUGAGGAUGGAACACGAGGUUUGGCAAAAGGUUGGGCUCCGACAUUCUUUGGUUAUUCUAUUCAAGGAAUGUUCAAAUUCGGUCUCUAUGAAGUCUUCAAAGUAUAUUAUGCGGCACUUGCUGGAGAAGAAAUGUCGUAUGAAUAUAGGACAAGUUUAUAUCUUGUUUCUUCGGCAUCUGCAGAAUUUUUUGCUGAUAUUGGUCUAGCUCCAUUUGAAGCUGCUAAAGUCAGAAUUCAAACCAUGCCAGGAUUUGCAAAUACUUUGAGAGAAGCAUUACCAAAAAUAUAUGGUGAUGAAGGUCUUGGUGGAUUCUACAAAGGGCUGGUACCUUUGUGGCUUCGUCAAAUUCCAUACACAAUGAUGAAGUUUGCUUGUUUCGAGCGAACGCUUGAGCUCUUGUACAAGUAUGUAGUUCCUAAGCCACGACUAGAGUGUACAAAGGGUGAACAGUUGGUUGUCACCUUUGCAGCUGGAUACAUUGCUGGUGUAUUUUGCGCAAUUGUGUCUCACCCUGCUGAUUCUGUUGUAUCAAAACUGAAUCAAGAGAAGGGAGCAUCUGCUGGCGACGUUCUGAGAAAACUUGGUUUCGCCGGUGUAUGGAAGGGUCUUGGCCCUCGUAUCGUUAUGAUUGGUACAUUAACAGGAGCACAAUGGUUUAUUUAUGAUGCUGUGAAAGUGUGGCUUCGUAUGCCCCGCCCACCACCACCAGAAAUGCCAGAAUCGCUCAAGAAGAAAUACGGAGUGGCUUAAUUAUCAUACACCAAUAAUAUGUUUGAUUGAAUUGAAGCAAUUGCAGUUAGAAAGAAAAGAGCAUAGAUGAAUUACAUUACUUCCUCACAAUACAUUGUCGAACAAUGUUUUGCCAUACAUUUUGAGUAUUUAUUCUGUAAUACAGACAUCAGUGCAGGUGCCACUGCCUUGAAACUAGAAGUAUUAAUGUGGUGGAAAAAUGACUCAUAGUACAUUGGCUAUAAUUACUAUGAUUAGAAGGAAGCAGCAUAUUUAUAAACAUUUAAUUGUGACAGUGAGUUACCUAUCGUAACCAAAUGCUGUUACUUUGUACAUAGAGUAAUCACUGUAAAUAAAUGGUCUGUGAUUGCUCGAUUAAA